UUGGCCAAACGACAAGAUGUCGCACCUACGUUUUUGUUUGUUCGCGUUCCUCGCCCUCGUCGUCGUCGCAGGAUUUACGUCGUCGCAGGAUGUUUCGGACGAUGUUUCGAAAGAUGUCGAAACGACGGACGAUGUCACGGACGAUGUCACGGACGAUAUCUGUAUGCAACCGGUAGAACCUGGUUCCGAGAGUGCUAAACUAAGUUUUUUGGAGAAAUCAAUGAAAAAUAUGAAAGACGAUUUUGAAAAACUGGGAAAUAAUUGGAAAGCCAGAGUGGAACGCAUGAAGAAAUUCGCGGAAGAAGGAACAAAAUGGAAAAAAGAAAUGUUGGGAAAGUUGUUGGGAAUUACUGGAGAAAAAGACAUAGACAAAAUUUUUGAAAGUAUCAUACAAGAACCGAGAGAAUGGGCAACGACUAUGAUGGAAAAACUGCAAAGAGCCUCGGACGCUCGAAAGGAUGGCAGGAAAAAUCUCCUGGACGAUUUUAUGAAAGAAAUGAAGAAAAAUAUCGAAACAAAAAAGAAAGAUAUAGAAGAAUUAAUAAAAGAGCAGCAGAAAAACCUGGGAGAUAAAUGGCAAAAUAUGAAGGAGAAUAUGAAGGAGAAUAUGAAUAAUUUAAAGGAAAAUAUGGAAAAUAGAUGGAACAAGUUGUUAGGAAAAAAAUCAGAGGAGCCUAAGAAGGUUUGCUACGGUGAUACCUUGAAUAAGAUGGGCAAGGAGUUCCAACUGAUUUUCCCAGGAACGAAAUGGUGCGGCGAUGGAGAUAUAGCAGUAAGUGACGAUGAUUUGGGCCGGUUUUCUGGGUUGGAUAAGUGUUGUCGAGCGCACGACAAGUGCUACAAGGACAUCGCGGCCAAUGAUACUCUGGGCAACCUCAAGAACGACGGUCUCUUCACGAAAUCUGCCUGUUCGUGCGACUCUGAAUUCUACAACUGUCUGAAGGCCGUUAACUGUCCAAUCGCCAAUCAAAUCGGAUGGACGUACUUCAAUAUAUUGCAACCUCAAUGUUUCACAUGCAGGUGUCCGAAAGAGGAUUGUGACACGGAAAAGGAUGAGAACUGUCUGAACUCUUGCGAGAGGUACGAAUGGAUCGACAAUCCUAGAUACUAGGAAUAGUUACAGUAACGCUCAAUUCUGGAAGGACCGCUAUAUUUCGCUCCGGAUAAAGCUAGAUGGAACUACUUUCAUGGAUUCAAAUCUGCAACAGACGCACUUGUUUUCGCUUUUAACACAAUAACCUCAGUCUUGGCGGCUUCGCGUUCUCGAAAAUUUGCAAUUUCACUUAAGAACAAGCGUUAUUUCAGCGACUAAUGAGAAACUAGAAUCCUUGAGUUAGAAUCAGCGAAAGUCGAUUUUAAUUCGAGGAUCAUGAUUUCUCGUUAGUCGUUAAAAUAACGCCUGUUUUCAAGGGGAAUCUGAAGCGAUUCUGUACCGAUGGUUUGGGAUCCUCAGAGGCUACUAAUAUGUGUAUGUAUGUAUACAUAUAUUUUGCUGUAAAAUUGUACAACUAAUCAAAUGUAGUCAUUGUACAUUGCAACGCGAGUACGAUGUACAUAGUGUAAAUAAAAGUUAAACACCAAGGCAAA